AGAGAGAGAGAGAGAAAAAAAAUAGAGACGAAAACAAUGGCUACGGCAGCAGAGAAGGAGGGGGUGGUGCUGCUGGACUUCUGGGUGAGUCCGUUCGAGCAGCGGUGUCGGAUCACGUUGGUGGAGAAGGGUGUGGAGUACGAGUACAAGGAGGAGAAUCUGAGCAACAAGAGCCCAUUGCUGCUGAAGAUGAAUCCGAUCCACAAGAAGAUCCACGUGCUCAUCCACCAUGGCAAACCUAUCUACAAAUCCCUCAUCAUCGUCCAAUACAUUGAUGAGGUCUGGUCCAACAACCCCCUCCUCCCCUCCGACCCCUAUGAGUGGGCCAAAGCACACUUCUGGGCUGACUUCGUCGACAAGAAGGUUUAUGAAUGUGGGACGAGGCUGUGGAAGCUGAAGGGGGAGGCCCACGAAGAGAGGGAGGGCGAUG